AUGCCUAAAAGGAAGGUGAGUCGCUCUGUUUUAAAAAAUAUCUAAAGCGUACUCGUUGUGAAUGUGAUAUCUGUUCUAUCUGGGAGAGAGAGGAUAGCGGUGCGUAUCUCCUAGUUAUAUUUAGCGAAGCAGGUGAGCUGAUGCGAAAGUUUCCAAACCCGAGACCCGCCUGUUCAGCUGGGACCGUUUGGUCUGGUGGGAGUCUAAAGGGGAUGCCAGCGUUCCUCCAUGUCAUUCGGUGUGUUUUCUGUCGAAGCCCCUGCUCUCUCUCGCUCUCCAUGGCCGGUGUGUUUUCUGUCGAAGCCCCUGCUCUCUCUCGCUCUCCAUGGCCGGUGUGUUGGCUGCUGUCCCCCCCCUCCCUGUCCACCCAUACCGGACUGUCUGUCACCACACAGUGCACAGCUCCCGCUCCGGAACGUCACCAAGUCGACCGGUAGGGAUGCGUGCUACACCCGCGCAGCUGGCGGUUUGAAGUGGCCACUUUAUCCCCGUCGCGACUGUUUCGAGAUUAUUGUGCAAUUAGUGCAUUUUAAUGUGUUAGUGUGUCAAUUCUACUGAGGGAUUUAAAUCUGUCGAUGGAUGUUUCCCCCUCUAGAGGAACACUCUCUCUUUCUUUCUCUGUCUCUCUGUCUCUCUCUCUCUCUCUCCUCUCUCUCUCUCUCUCUCGCAGUGUCUCUCUCUCUCUCUCUCUCUCUCUCUCUCUCUCGCUGUCUCUCUCUCUCUCUCUCUCUCUCUCUCUCUCUCUCUCUCUCUCUCUCUCUCUCUCUCUCUCUCUCUCUCGCUGUCUCUCUCUCUCUGUCUCUCUCUGUCUCUCUCUCUCUCUCUGUGGCGACCUGUCAUUCAGAGUUUUGAACCCUACCUGUUUAGCUAAAAAAAUUAUAAAAAGAUCAGUUUGCAAACAAUGUAAAGAAAAAUGUUAUCCUUGAGUUAAUAAAGAUGCAUACAAGCAUGGUCUCUUGAGUAAGGCAGCUCCAAAAUGCAGGUGUUUCAGCCUAGCUCUGUGGUGGAUGGGCAGCCAACGAAAGAGCAUAAGCGUUGGUAAUUUUCUCUAGUUAUGCUGUGAUUGGCUCAGUGUUCCGUCACUCACGGGGACACUACUCACCGCAUAAUCUACAGGGAGAGCUAGGCAGUUCAAGCCCCUUGGGUGCUGCCACAGAGUUACAUUAGAAGUGCCCAUCCAAGAAGGCUCAAGGUCAUUGGCCACAGAUAAAAUUACGUCAAAUCGUAUUAUAUCUACCGUAGCUUUGAUUGGACUGAUCAUACUUUCAAAAUCUUGGCUAACAAGCUAGCUAGUUAGACAAGCAGUCAUCAUCAUGAAUCACGUUGACAAUCUACUGGCAAAUCCUUUUCAAUCCUUGUCAUAUGAAGAGAAAUUAUAGAUAAAACGUUUCGGUGCUCAUCGGCCAUUGGACAUAAACAUUACACAACAAGUUGGAUAUCGCAAAUUCAACAAUGAAUCAGUGACCUAGCAAUCACUAUUUUGCUUCCCCUGCCUGCUAUUCGGUGGAGAGGGUGUGUGGUCCAAGUUUGGGUUUAAGGAUUUAAAAAAUCUGUCUGAAAGGGUCUCUUUUCAAAGGUUAAAAGGAUAAACAUUCACACGCAACACCAUGGGCCAGAAAAGGUUGAAUACAUUGGCCAUGCUGUCAAUCCAGCAUGACUUCUGCCAGGUUCAAAACAACUGGGAACUGGGAACUGGGAAAUCUCAGAAUUCAGUGUGUUGAAGACAACUAGGAACUCUGAAAAAAACUAGCUCCGACUGGGAAAAUACGUUUUGAACGGUCAUCCAACUCGUUCAACGGUCAUCAACUGAUUUCCAGUUGUCUUGAAAGCACCAUAAAUCCAGAGAAUGUGUUGUAGAAAAUUAUUCUUAUACUUAUUAAAACAAAUAAAGGAGUUUUUGUAGAAUCAAGAUAGACUUUAUUACACAAGCAAUACAGCCGAGCUGGUCUGCAGAGCAACUGCCGUCCCAGACUUGGAGCUCUCUUUAUAUACAGCUUCAUCUUUUCAUAUCAUAUCGGAGCCACUAUGGUUCCUCUGUCUAGCUUAUUUCCUGUCUGUCCCCAUGUCUGCUUGGUCUCCUUUUCAUAUCAUAUCAGAACCCCCUCUUUAUCCAAACAGCCACCCUCCCUUGACCUGGAGCCACUAUGGUUUCUUCUUGUGGCUAUGUGUAAUCGGGUCGUAGCGCACAAACAAGCGAUAACGUUAGUUCCGUUACUACUCAUAUCUCCACACAGCUGAGCCCUUGGUAGUAAAAGACAGGAUGAACUGAAAAAACUGUGGACACUCUGAGGCUGUUUGUCCUGACCGUGUGACCAGGUUACUCGGAAGCAACGAGAAACAACAAGAAAUGGAAACAAUACAGGUCUAUCUGUUCCUGAAGUUUAUCUCCAUCCCAUGUCCUUGACUACACGCCCAGACCAGCUGCAGGGAGCUAGAGGGAACCAUCCUUUAUCAGAAGCACAGCAUUUGCACUAAAGAAAUGUCUCUACUAUUGUUAAGCAUAUUAUAAUAUAUGUAAUGGAAAAAUACCUAUAGGCGCCAUUUCAUCGUGGCUCUGUUUUAACCCUUUAAUUGGUUCUUAAUCCAUAGGCAUAUAGGGCAUAUAGGUGUUUCAUUCUACAACAUACAUCAUUCAUAUUAAUUGGGUUAUGUUGUCUGCCCUUAAGUGAGACAGAGUAGUUAACUAAACAUUUCCAUUAAAUGCCAGACUUUGAUGACAAAGUUUGAUGACAAAGUUUGCCAACAAGAAGGACCGCCCCAGAAAUAGGUCUACAGUAUCAAUCAAUCAAUCAAUCAAUCAAUCAAUCAAUCAUUUUGUUUAUAAAGCCCUUUUUACAUCAGCAGAUGUCACAAAGUGCUAUACAGAAACCCAGCCUAAAACCCCAAACAGCAAGCAAUGCAGAUGUAGAAGCACAGUGACUAGGAAAAACUUACUAGAAAGGCAGGAAGCUAGGAAGAAACCUAGAGAGGAACCAGGCUCUGAGGGGUGGCCAGUCCUCUUCUGGCUGUGCCGGGUGGAGAUUAUAACAGUACAUGGCCAUUAAGGCCAGAUUUUUCUCCAAGAUGUUAAAACGUUAAUAGAUGACCAGCAGGGUCAAAUAAUAAUCACAGUGGUUGUAGAGGUUGCAACAGGUCAGUACAUCAGGAGUAAAUAUCACUUGGCUUUUCAUAGCCGGACAUUUAGAGGUUGAAAUAGCAGGUGCGGUAGAGAGAGAGAGUUGAAAACAGCAGGUCUGGGACAAGGUAGCACGUCCGGUGAACAGGUCAGGGUUCCAUAGCCGCAGGCAGAACAGUUGAAACUGGAGCAGCAGCACGACCAGGUGGACUGGGGGCAGCCAGGAGUCAUCAGGCCAGGUAGUCCUGAGGCAUGGUCCUAGGGCUCAGGUCCUCCGGGAGUGGAGGGAGAGAUACUGGAGGCUGAGACGGGGGGGGGGGGGGGGGGUUGGGAGACACUUUGGCCCCGUCCGACGAUACCCCCAGACAGGGCCAACCAGGCAGGAUAUAACCCCACCCACUUUGCCAAAGCACAGCCCCCACACCACCAGAGGGAUAUCAACAGACCACCAACCUACUACCCUGAGACAAGGCUGAGUAUAGUCCACAAAUAUCUCCUCCACUGCAUAAGCCCGAUGGGGUGACAUGCUGCUGCAUAAAUGAUGUAAAAUGCCAGUGAAAAACAGUAUGUAUACUAUAGCUAAGAAAGUAAUACUAAGUGUAUGUUGUGUAGUAAGCUGUUAGUAGCCCAUGUACCUCACCCUAAUAAUUUGGUCCCUUUCCCCCUCAUAACUUAGCCUACUGUUCUGACUUGGUGGUGCACAUGUAGCCUUUAAAAAAGUAAUUUAAAAUCAAGAGCAAUUCCAUCUUUUAGAGAAACGUAAUCAUUGAAUAUUGUAAGAGCUUUCAUUGUCUGCUUAUAUGCCCCCUUUAUUUAUCCUACGGUUCUGACUUGGUGUACAGGGAGAACACCGUAAGAACGGCCCAUGUUCUGAAUUCUGUCGCUGUACAUUUCAAAAGUGCUGAACAAAUAGUUAUAUUGACUACGUCCGUCUUAGCUCGCUCAUUAAUGUCUUAAUCUAAAUUACGGAUUGCCUCUUAUCCGCUCGUCGUCCCCUUAUGCCGUAGUUUGUACAUAUCAAUUGUUAUAUAUAUAUAUAUAUAUAUAUAUAUAUAUAUAUAUAUAUAUAUAUAUAUAUAUAUAUAUCCAUCUCAUUAGCAUAUUAAUUUAUAUAGGUCCAUCUCAUUAGCAUAUUAAUUUAUAUAGGUCCAUCUCAUUAGCAUCUUAAUUUAUAUAGGUCCAUCUCAUUAGCAUCUUAUUUUAUAUAGGUCCAUCUCAUUAGCAUCUUGUUUUAUAUAGGUCCAUCUCAUUAGCAUCUUAUUUUAUAUAGGUCCAUCUCAUUAGCAUCUUAUUUUAUAUAGGUCCAUCUCAUUAGCAUCUUAUUUUAUAUAGGUCCAUCUCAUUAGCAUCUUAUUCAUCAUUUUAGGUAAUGUUGGAAUGAUGUAUUUCUUUGUUUAUCUUACUUUGUGUAUUAUAAUCAUCUCAUGUGCUUUUCUCCAUGAGGACGGGAUACUAUAUAAUGUUGUUGGGUCUGUAACCAUGAGGACGGGAUACUAUAUAAUGUUGUUGGGUCUGUAACCAUGAGGAUGGGAUACUAUAUAAUGCUGUUGGGUCUGUAACCAUGAGGAGGGGAUACUAUAUAAUGUUGUUGGGUCUGUAACCAUGAGGACGGGAUACUAUAUAAUGUUGUUGGGUCUGUAACCAUGAGGACGGGAUACUAUAUAAUGUUGUUGGGUCUGUAACCAUGAGGAGGGGAUACUAUAUAAUGUUGUUGGGUCUGUAAACAUGAGGAUGGGAUACUAUAUAAUGUUGUUGGGUCUGUAACCAUGAGGACGGGAUACUAUAUAAUGCUGUUGGGUCUGUAACCAUGAAGAGGGGAUACUAUAUAAUGUUGUUGGGUCUGUAACCAUGAGGAGGGGAUACUAUAUAAUGCUGUUGGGUCUGUAACCAUGAGGAGGGGAUACUAUAUAAUGUUGUUGGGUCUGUAACCAUGAGGAGGGGAUACUAUAUAAUGUUGUUGGGUCUGUAACCAUGAGGACGGGAUACUAUAUAAUGUUGUUGGGUCUGUAACCAUGAGGAGGGGAUACUAUAUAAUGCUGUUGGGUCUGUAACCAUGAGGAGGGGAUACUAUAUAAUGUUGUUGGGUCUGUAACCAUGAGGAGGGGAUACUAUAUAAUGUUAUUGGGUCUGUAACCAUGAGGAGGGGAUACUAUAUAAUGCUGUUGGGUCUGUAACCAUGAGGAGGGGAUACUAUAUAAUGUUGUUGGGUCUGUAACCAUGAGGAGGGGAUACUAUAUAAUGUUGUUGGGUCUGUAGCUAUGAGGAGGGGAUACUAUAUAAUGUUGUUGGGUCUGUAACCAUUGUCUGUACACUAUAUAUACAAAAGUAUCUGGACACCCCUUCAAAUUAGUGGAUUCGGCUAUUUCAGCCACACCUGUUGCUGACAGGUGUAUAAAAUCGAGCACACAGCCAUGCAAUCUCCAUAGACAAACAUUGGCAGUAGAAUGGCCCGUACUGAAGAGCUCAGUGACUUUCAACGUGGCACCGUCAUAGGACGCCACCUUUCCAACGAGUCAGUUCGUCCAAUUUCGGCCCUAGUAGAGCUGACCAUGCUAGAGGUGCCCUGAACACCGGGUAGACACAGUGUUCACAUUUUGUACCUUUUUAAUUUGUCUGAAAAGACAAACUCCACCUACCGGGAGAUCUGUGGUUAAAUUGAGUGCGCCUACUGCGCUGGUCAAUCGGAUAGCUCAGAUCACCGUGCCUACAGCUUCCAGCAAAGUUUGAUACUAGCCUACAUCAGAAUUCAUUUUUUUUUUUAAAGCAUGACCAGAGAGAGACUGUCAAAGAAUACAGCAAAGAGCUGCUGUUUUUAUGAGUGAGUUCAGGUUUUUAUUCAACACUGUUACAAAACAUAAAACGCGCUUCUCCCUACUACCACUCGCGCUGCAGCUGCAAUGAAUGAAUAGCCAAGUUUAUCGAUAGGCCUGCGUCAGUGGAGGCUGCCGAGGGGAGGACGGCUCAUAAUAAUGGCUGUAAACGGAAUCAAUGGAAUGGCAUCAUGGGGUAUAUUUGAUACCAUUCCACCUAUUCCACUCCAGCCAUUACCAGAAGCCUGUCCCUCCCAGUUAAGGUGCCACCAACCUCCUGUGCCCUGCGUUUUUAUUAUUAUUAGCAGCUCGUCUGUCUGUUUUAAUAUCGAGGAAUAUUUCACUUUCUCUGGUCGUAGGAACAACAUGAAUUUGUGCAUGAGGCAGAUGCGGUGCGACUCGAGUUUGGCCGUCAGGUGGAAGAUGUUUCCCAUCUCUCUGUUCAGUCUCACCGGAGGAAAGGAAGGAGAGAGCAGGGACCGUGAGAGGCGGACCCUCUGCUGCUCUCUCCCCUCCCUCUGCUGAGACUAAUGCCAUGUUCAAAACAACUGGGAACUUGGAAAUCUCUGCCUUCUGACUUCAGUGCGUUCAAGACAAUUGGGAAGUCAGAAUAAAAAAUGAGAUCUGACUUGGAAAAAUUGUUUUGAACGGUCAUAUCUCUCGGAAUUCCAAGUCUGAAACUCAGGCAGCUACGCCUUUCCGACCUGAAGAUCACUGACGUCAUGAUUUCACCUAGUUUUUUUCCCCGAGUUCCCAGUUGUCUUGAAAGCACCAUGAUCAUCAGAUGCAGGUAGCCUACCAUCAGUCCAGUAAAAUAAAACAACUAAUUAUUUGCUAAAUUUAUGCUCAGCUGUGCCUCGGAAGUGCUACACCAACUGAUGUAUUUUGUUAUCAAAUUUCAAAACAGAGUUUUGAAAUCCAAUAUGGUCUGAGAAGAACAGUAUUGUCAGGCCAGGCAUACAGCCAAUACAGUGUUAUAAUGUAUUAGAACCUCAUUCCUACACAACUGUUUUUAUUAGGUUCAUGUUACAUUUUAUAAGUCACGUUUUUAAAGAACUCUGAGCGCUAGAUCUCGGCUUGCUUUUUGACUGUGAAAGUGAUCUUGAUUCAGAAAAGGUUGGUGACCAGUGGCUGACAGGACACACGUUAGAGACUCGCUCAAAAGAAAAGCAACAUCUCAGCCUUUCAUUAGUCGUGGAUACGAGGUGUGCGCUGUGUUUGAACUCUUCUCUCUCUGUUUCUUCUAGUCUGCCGAAGGGGCCAAUGCCAAGGAUUCCUCUAAAGUCACUAAGCAGGAGGUCGCUAAGCAGGAGGUCGCUAAGCAGGAGGUCGCUAAGCAGGAGGUAGGAGUUCCAUGUGUGUGUGUGUGUGUGUGUGUGCAGUGAGUGUGUGUGUGUGUGUGUGUGCAGUGAGUGUGUGUGUGUGUGUGCAGUUAGUGUGUGUGUGUUUUACACAACCGCAAACACGCUUAUUAUGGACCGCAGUCCAGUCACCACGUACACUACCCCUAGUACACUACCCCUAGUACACUACCUCUAGUACACUACCUCUAGUACACUACCUCUAGUACACUACCUCUAGUACACUACCCCUAGUACACUACAUAGUACACUACCUCUAGUACACUACCCCUAGUACACUACCCCUAGUACACUACCUCUAGUACACUACAUAGUACACUACCUCUAGUACACUACCUCUAGUACACUACCCCUAGUACACUACAUAGUACACUACCUCUAGUACACUACCCCCAGUACACUACCCCUAGUACACUACCCCUAGUACACUACCUCUAGUACACUACCCCUAGUACACUACCUCUAGUACACUACCCCUAGUACACUACCUCUAGUACACUACCCCUAGUACACUACUCCUAGUACACUACCCCUAGUACACUACCCCUAGUACACUACCUCUAGUACACUACCCCUAGUACACUACCCCUAGUACACUACCCCUAGUACACUACAUAGUACACUACCUCUAGUACACUACCCCUAGUACACUACAUAGUACACUACCUCUAGUACACUACCCCCAGUACACUACCUCUAGUACACUACCCCAGUACACUACCUCUAGUACACUACCCCUAGUACACUACCCCUAGUACACUACCUCUAGUACACUACCCCUAGUACACUACAUAGUACACUACCCCUAGUACACUACCUCUAGUACACUACCCAUAGUACACUACCUCUAGUACACUACCCCUAGUACACUACAUAGUACACUACCCCUAGUACACUACCUCUAGUACACUACCUCUAGUACACUACAUAGUACACUACCUCUAGUACACUACCCCUAGUACACUACCCCUAGUACACUACAUAGUACACUACCCCUAGUACACUACCUCUAGUACACUACCCCUAGUACACUACAUAGUACACUACCCCAGUACACUACCCCUAGUACACUACAUAGUACACUACCUCUAGUACACUACCCCUAGUACACUACAUAGUACACUACCUCUAGUACACUACCCCUAGUACACUACCCCUAUUACACUAUAGUACACUACCCCUAGUACACUACCUCUAGUACACUACCUCUAGUACACUACCCCUAGUACACUACAUAGUACACUACCCCUAGUACACUACCUCUAGUACACUACCCCUAGUACACUACAUAGUACACUACCUCUAGUACACUACCCCUAGUACACUACAUAGUACACUACCCCUAGUACACUACCUCUAGUACACUACCUCUAGUACACUACAUAGUACACUACCUCUAGUACACUACCCCUAGUACACUACCCCUAGUACACUACAUAGUACACUACCCCUAGUACACUACCUCUAGUACACUACCCCUAGUACACUACAUAGUACACUACCCCAGUACACUACCCCUAGUACACUACCCCUAGUACACUACAUAGUACACUACCCCUAGUACACUACCUCUAGUACACUACCCCUAGUACACUACAUAGUACACUACCUCUAGUACACUACCCCUAGUACACUACAUAGUACACUACCUCUAGUACACUACCCCUAGUACACUACCCCUAUUACACUAUAGUACACUACCCCUAGUACACUACCUCUAGUACACUACCUCUAGUACACUACCCCUAGUACACUACAUAGUACACUACCCCUAGUACACUACCUCUAGUACACUACAUAGUACACUACCUCUAGUACACUACCCCUAGUACACUACAUAGUACACUACCCCUAGUACACUACCUCUAGUACACUACCUCUAGUACACUACAUAGUACACUACAUAGUACACUACCUCUAGUACACUACCCCUAGUACACUACCCCUAGUACACUACAUAGUACACUACCCCUAGUACACUACCUCUAGUUACACUACCCCUAGUACACUACAUAGACACUACCCCAGUACACUACACCCUAGUACACUACCCCUAGUUACACUACAUAGUACACUACCCCUAGUACACUACCUCUAGUACACUACCCCAUAGUACACUACAUAGUACACUACCCCCAGUACACUACCCCCUAGUACACUACAUAGUACACUACCUCUAGUACACUACCCCUAGUACACUACAUAGUACCACUACCUCUAGUACACUCCCAUAGUACACUACCCCUAUUACACUAUAGUACACUACCCCUAGUACACUACCUCUAGUUACACUACCUCUAGUACACUACCCCUAGUACACUACAUAGUACACUACCCCUAGUACACUACUCUAGUACACUACCCCUAGUACACUACACUACAUAGUCACUACCUCUAGGACACUUACCCCUAGUACACUACAUAGUACACUACCUCUAGUACAACUACCUCUAGUACACUACAUAGUACACUACAUAGUUACACUACCUCAUAGUACACUACCCCUAGUUACACUACCCCUAGAUAACUACACUAGUACCACUACACCUAGUACACUACCUUUCUAGUACACUACCCCAUAGGUCCAACUACAUAGUACACUACACCCAGUACACUAACCCCUAGUACACUACAUAGUUACACUACCUCUAGUUACACUGACCCCUAGUACACUAACCAUAGUACAAUACAUCUAGACCACUACCCCUAGUAACUACGACCCUAUUACCACUAUAGUACACUACCCCUAGUACACUUCCUCUAGUAACACUACUUUUACACUACCUUAGUACACUAACCUCUAGUACACUAACCUCUAGUACAAUUACCCCUAGUACACUAACCUCUAGUACACUACCUCUAGUACACUACCUCUAGUCAACUACCCCUAGUACAUACACAUAGUACACUACCCCUAUAGUUACACUACAUAGACACCUCAACCAGGUUACCACUACAUUGUUACACUAACCUAAGUACAAUACAUAGUACACUACCCCUAGUACACUACCUCUAGUACCUACCCCGAGUACACUACAUAGUACAUACCUCUAGUACAUACCACUAGUACACUACAUAGUACACUACCCCUAGUACACUACCUCUCGUACAUCCCCAGCUACACUACAUAGUAAACUUCCCCGAGACACUAACAUGUACACUACCCCUAGCUCACUGACAUAGUACACUCCCCUAGUACACUACUAGUACACUACUCCUUACACUACCCCUAGUACAAUACCCCUAGUACACUACCUCUAGUACACUACCUCUAGUAACUACAUAAGUGGGAGAACAAGAUCAUUUGAUACAACAACUGCCGAUUUUGCAGGUUUUCCUACUUACAAAGCAUGUAGAGGUCUGUAAUUUUUAUCAUAGGUACACUUCAACUGUGAGAGACGGAAUCUAAAACAAAAAUCCAGAAAAUAACAUUGUAUGAUUUUUAAGUAAUUAAUUUGCAUUUUAUUGCAUGACAUAAGUAUUUGAUACAUCAGAAAAGCAGAACUUAAUAUUUGGUACAGAAACCUUUGUUUGCAAUUACAGUGAUCAUACGUUUCCUAUGGGUCUUGACCAGGUUUGCACACACUGCAGCAGGGAUUUUGGCCCACUCCUCCAUACAGACCUUCUCCAGAUCCUUCAGGUUUCGGGGCUGUCGCUGGGCAAGACAGACUUUCAGCUCCCUCCAAAGAUUUUCUAUUGGGUUCAGGUCUGGAGACUGGCUAGGCCACUCCAGGACCUUGAGAUGCUUCUUACGGAGCCACUCCUUAGUUGCCCUGGCUGUGUGUUUCGGGUCGUUGUCAUGCUGGAAGACCCAGCCACGACCCAUCUUCAAUGCUCUUACUGAGGGAAGGAGGUUGUUGGCCAAGAUCUCGCGAUACAUGGCCCCAUCCAUCCUCCCCUCAAUACGGUGCAGUCAUCCUGUCCCCUUUGCAGAAAAGCAUCACCAAAGAAUAAUGUUUCCACCUCUAUGCUUCACGGUUGAGAUGGUGUUCUUGGGGUUGUACUCAUCCUUCUUCUUCCUCCAAACACGGCGAGUGGAGUUUAGACCAAAAAGCUCUAUUUUUGUCUCAUCAGACCACAUGAACUUCUUCCAUUCCUCCUCUGGAUCAUCCAGAUGGUCAUUGGCAAACUUCAGACGGGCCUGGACAUGCGCUGGCUUGAGCAGGGGGACCUUGCGUGCGCUGCAGGAUUUUAAUCCAUGACGGCGUAGUGUGUUACUAAUGGUUUUCUUUGAGACUGUGGUCCCAGCUCUCUUCAGGUCAUUGACCAGGUCCUGCCGUGUAGUUCUGGGCUGAUCCCUCACCUUCCUCAUGAUCAUUGAUGCCCCACGAGGUGAGAUCUUGCAUGGAGCCCCAGACCGAGGGUGAUUGACCGUCAUCUUGAACUUCUUCCAUUUUCUAAUAAUUGCGCCAACAGUUGUUGCCUUCUCACCAAGCUGCUUGCCUAUUGUCCUGUAGCCCAUCCCAGCCUUGUGCAGGUCUACAAUUUUAUCCCUGAUGUCCUUACACAGCUCUCUGGUCUUGGCCAUUGUGGAGAGGUUGGAGUCUGUUUGAUUGAGUGUGUGGACAGGUGUCUUUUAUACAGGUAAUGAGUUCAAACAGGUGCAGUUAAUACAGGUAAUGAGUGGAGAACAGGAGGGCUUCUUAAAGAAAAACUAACAGGUCUGUGAGAGCCGGAAUUCUUACUGGUUGGUAGGUGAUCAAAUACUUAUGUCAUGCAAUAAAAUGCAAAUGAAUUACUUAAAAAUCAUACAAUGUGAUUUUCUGGAUUUUUGUUUUAGAUUCCGUCUCUCACAGUUGAAGUGUACCUAUGAUAAAAAUUACAGACCUCUACAUGCUUUGUAAGUAGGAAAACCUGCAAAAUCGGCAGUGUAUCAAAUACUUGUUCUCCCCACUGUAGUACACUACCCCUAGUACACUACCCCUAGUACACUACCCCUAGUACACUACAUAGUACACUACCCCAGUACACUACCCCUAGUACACUACCAUAGUACACUACCCCUAGUACACUACCUCUAGUACACUACCCCUAGUACACUACCCCUAGUACACUACCCCUAGUACACUACAUAGUACACUACCCCUAGUACACUACCCCUAGUACACUACAUAGUACACUACCUCUAGUACACUACCCCUAGUACACUACCCCUAGUACACUACCUCUAGUACACUACCUCUAGUACACUACCCCUAGUACACUACCCCCAGUACACUACCUCUAGUACACUACCCUUAGUACACUACCUCUAGUACACUACCCCUAGUACACUAUAUAGUACACUACCUCUAGUACACUACCCCUAGUACACUACCCCUAGUACACUACCCCUAGUACACUACCCUUAGUACACUACCAGCCCCUCAACACACAACUGAUAUGCCCCCUGUCCCCUUUCCCUCUUCCCCUCUCUCCCCCCCCUCUCUCCCCCUCUCUCUCUCUCUCUUUCUGUAGCCCACCAGACGGUCAGAGAGGUUGUCAUCGGUAAGUUUAAUCAUCCCCUCCUCCUCUCCUCUCCUCUCCUCUCCUCUCCUCUCCUCUCCUCUCCUCUCCUCUCCUCUCCUCUCCUCUCCUCUCCUCUCCUCUCCUCUCCUUGCUCUCUCUCUCUCGUUGCUUCCCCACCAGAGGUAGUCUGUGGGGUCAGAGUUUCUCACUGCCACCAGAUAUGAUAUUAGGAUCUGAAAUCAAAGCAAUGUCUGUUGUAUUAAUUGUUGUAUUUAAACUUGACUAGCUACAGUGUUAUAGCCAGUAGAUAUUCAGACAGUGUUCUAAAUUAGUGUUUUAUUUAGACAGUGUUCUAAAUGAACGUUCUAAAUGAGUGUUCUAAAGAGCAUUCUAAAUUUACAUUCUAAUUGAGCAUUUUAAAGGAGCAUUCUAAAUGAGUGUUCUUAAGGAGCAUUCUAAAUGAGUGUUCUUAAGGAGCAUUCUAAAUGAGUGUUCUUAAGGAGCAUUCUAAAUGAGUGUUCUUAAGGAGCAUUCUAAAUGAGUGUUCUUAAGGAGCAUUCUAAAUGAGUGUUCUUAAGGAGCAUUCUAAAUGAGUGUUCUAAAUGAGCGUUCUAAAUGAAUGUUCUAACAGAAUAUUCUAACAGAAUAUGGAAAAGCCCCAUGCAAUCAUUUAUUCACCAAGGUCUGGACAGCAAGCUGUCUUCAUCCGGGUAUCAUGACAGCACUCUAAACAGUGUUCUAAAGGUGGUGGUGGUGAGAAAAGGUCCCUGCAGGUUCCGUCUGGUCCUGCGCUUGCUUUUUCUCAUUUGUCCUCAUUUCGUUUACCGGACCUGAUAUCUAUAUGUUCUGUUCAUCAGCUGUCUGUCAUGUGAUUUCACUGUCCUCAGGCAUGGCACACAUGGACUGAAUCUCAAAUGGCACCCUAUUCCCUUUGUAGUGCACUAUUUUAGACCAGGCCCCAUAAAGAUUAGGGUGUAAUUUGGGACACAAACACGUUCUUGCUAACACUUCAGUUUGUUGUAAACUUUAGCCCUUGUAAAAGAGUAUUAAAAAAAAUAUUAAUAUGUUUAUAUGCCUAUAAAUUAUUAUUACAGUAAUCAUGUUAUAAUAAUGUUAUUACAUUACCUUAUUACAAUAUUACUGUUAUAACUGAUUAUGUUAUUACAUUAUUACAUAGAUUAUUAACCAACAGGUUCUCACGGCUUACACCUAUUUUAGUUAUGUUAAUAAAGAAAGGAUCCAAUGGUAGCCUUCCCUGUUUACACAAUGAUGAUUUAAAAAUAUAUGUUAAAUAUACUGUUCAGUUAAAUAUACUGUUAAGGUAAAUAUGUUAAAUAUACUGUUAAGGUAAAUAUGUUAAAUAUCCUGUUAAGUUAGCAUUGAUUAAGCUGUCUGUACGCAGACCUUCAUCUGAGGUGUUGCCCUCUACUAGUGGGUAUUGCAUGGCCUCACCUAUAGCCUACAAUACACUUACUGUUCAGGUUAUACAUAGAUUCCUAUGCUAAGCUAUUUCUAUGGUAUUUUCCCAUUGUCUUUGCUAAGCUAACUCUAUAGAAAUGCCCCAUUCACUCAGUUAAGCUAAUUCCAUUGAAAUGUCCAAUUCACUCAGCUAAGCUAAUUCUAUAGAAAUGCCCCAUUCUAAACUAAGCUAAUUUUAUGGUGUUUCCCACUCUCUAUGCUAGGCUAAGCUAAGCUAAGCUAAUUCUAUAGCGUUUCCCCACUCUUUGAGCUAGGCUAAUGCUAAAGCUAAUGGCUCUCUCUCUGCAGAAACCAGCUCCUCCCAAACCUGAUGCGGUCAAACCUAUGAAGGCUAUCGCCAAGGUAAUGCCAUCAAGCAUACACGCACGCACACACUGUCCAGGUGUUAAAGCACGUAUCCACAAAUACAUGUUGUGUUUGUUUUAAAGUCUCAUAAAGUUUUUGUCCAUUUGAAUGUUCUCAGAGCCAUUCUCAGUCCUAUGUUUUUAUUGGUUGACUCUGUCCUCUGUUGGGAUUGGUAGUCUCUAAUUGGCUUGAUGUUUCUGUUCUGUGUUCUCAUUGGCUUGCUGUUUCUGUUCUGUGUUGGGUUUGGUCGUCUCUGUUUCUAUGACGUGUUCUGAUUGGCUCUCUCUGCCUAGAAGCCGGUGGACAAGGUGUACGACAAGGCCAUGAAGGGAAAGAAAGGCGGAGCUAAGGUGAAGAGGGAGGAUGGCCCCUCCCAUAAAGGACAGACCAUGACGGAGGAGGUACGGUAGGCCACACCUCCAUCAGAGGAUGGAGAGAAGGAGAGGAGAGAAGGUUUAGGGGGAUGGUGGUGGGAUUAUAAUCAUCUAACAUGUCUUCCUUCAACGUUGUCCCUCUGUCUCUCAGAUCUGUGUGUCUCGCUCCAGUGUCCGUAUGACCUACCACAGAAGUCUUGCUCCCAGCUCCAUGUCUGUCAGAGGACAGAGUGAGACGGUCCGAGUCAACGGUACGACAGACAGACAGCGUGCUGUGGAUUUGAACCAGAGUUGUUAG